CUCCCUGACAAACAAUGAACAGUAAGGCUUCUUAUUAGUCACGGCUUAUGUAUGUUUGAACGAGGCAUUUGUGGUAAACCAUUUUGAAAGUUUGAAACCCGGCAAAAGAAAGCAAAACCAAAUAUACAAGAAAAGUUGGUAACCGGUUUCUUCUGCCGCCUUCUAUGGUAGCAAAUAUCAUAGAAGGGUUGUAACUUUUUAUUUUUUAUUUUUUUUAUUAUCAUAUAUCUUAUGCAGAGGAGAGCCUUUGUUUUUUGAAUAAGCAGAAGGAAGAGGAGGCUCUGUGUUAGAAUCUUUUCAUUUUUGUAAUUUGGGUUUCGAGAAGAUGUUAAGAUGGUCGAUAUCUGCUUUGCAAUUAGCGGAGCUGUUUGUUAGCUCAGUGAUGCAUUUGCUGUAUGGGUUUUACAUAUAUAGCACGGCUGUGGCUGGGGACCUUUCUCAGGCUUUGAAUGAAUGGUUUUUUAAGCCUAAUGCAAGUUUAGAGGUGAAAAGAGAAGAUCCCAAUGGGAUCAAUUUUGAUGGUCUGCCUCCUAUUGUAUUGGUUCAUGGCAUUUUUGGGUUUGGCAAGGGAAAAUUGGGAGGAUUAUCAUACUUUGCAGGGGCAGAGAAGAAAGAUGAGAGGGUUCUUGUGCCAGAUUUGGGAUCUCUUACCAGCACAUACGAUAGGGCGCGUGAAUUGUUCUAUUAUUUGAAAGGAGGGAAAGUUGAUUAUGGUGAAGAACACAGCAAGACUUGUGGCCACUCGCAGUUUGGACGAAUUUAUGAACAAGGGCAAUACCCAGAAUGGGAUGAAGAUCACCCUAUUCAUUUUGUUGGCCAUUCAGCUGGUGCUCAGGUUGUGCGUGUCUUGCAGCAGAUGCUUGCUGAUAAGGCAUUCAACGGAUAUGAGAAUACUUCUGAGAGCUGGGUAUUAAGCGUAACAUCCGUAUCCGGGGCUUUCAAUGGGACUACAAGAACUUAUUUAGAUGGCAUGCAGCCAGAGGAUGGGAGAACGAUGAAACCUAUAUGUCUGCUGCAGCUGUGCCGCUUAGGAGUUAUAAUUUAUGAUUGGUUGGAUAUCCCCUGGCUAAAGGCCUACUAUAAUUUUGGUUUUGAUCACUUUAACAUGUCAUGGAAAAAAGUAGGUCUUUGGGGUCUUUUUGACUACCUCUUGGGGAAUGCGGGGCCAUUCGCUACAGGAGAUUGGAUCCUUCCUGAUCUGACAAUUCAAGGGUCAAUAAGACUGAACUGUCCUCUACAAACCUUUUCCAACACGUUCUAUUUCAGCUAUGCUACCAAGCGUACAAGGAAGAUCCUGGGUGUCACAGUUCCUUCUAGCAUUCUGGGUAUACACCCUUUGCUUUUUAUACGAGUACUACAGAUGACCCAGUGGCGUCAUCCUCCAGAUGUUUCUCCCCCUUAUAAAGGCUACAGGGAUGAGGAUUGGCGGGACAAUGAUGGAGCUCUUAACACGAUAUCCAUGACUCACCCUCGUCUCCCAAUUGAACACCCAAGCCGCUUUGUUGUGAAUGAUUCUGAGUGCCAACCCUUGCAGCCAGGCAUAUGGUAUUACAAGAUUAUAAAGGGAGAUCACAUAUUGUUCAUUGUGAACAGAGAAAGAGCAGGCGUACAAUUUGAUCUGAUAUAUGACAGCAUAUUCGAGCGUUGCAGGAAACAUGUUUUUAGGAAAACUCCACAAACUUUACACGACCAAACUCCCGAAUAGUCUAGCACUUAUUCUCGCACAUAUGCUACAAGUUUACGAUAGGUUGAGGAAAUCACAGCAGCUCUCAUUGUGUUCCACCCCGCAAAUUCUGUUCUCAUCUCUCUCUUUUUUCAACUCCUCCACAUUUUUGGGCCCUGCUGAAGAUGUAAUAAUUCCUUUUCGUUUCUAUUUUUUCCUGGUACCAGUUCACCCUGUAGCUCUGUGAGGGACAUCAGAAUCAGUGUUUUGUCUUACUAAAUUUAGAUGGGUUUUGGAAGAGACAUUCUCAAAUCCUUUGGUAUUUUAUGUUUUGUUUCUUUGCUUUUGCGCUAAUUUUUUAAAAAUGAAAGCCAUAUC